UGGCGCUCUGUCUCCCGCGCCGGCCCCUGCGCCGGACCCCGCCUCGCCGUCCCAGCGCGCGCCGCGGCCUUCAGGCUCCCCAGCUACAUCGAGGUGCUCACGGGCGAGCCGAAGAUGCCGGCGCGCUACGCGGCGCGCGGGGAGGGCGCCAUGCUCCCCGAGGUCCCCUACGACCGGUUCCGCAUCGGCUCCCAGUUCUUCACGCUGGCCUGCCGCCACGCCGUGUUCAUCGUCCGGGAGCGCCGCCUCUGGCGCAAGUUCCGGGUGCCCUGCCUCCCGGAGAUGGCCCAGGACUCGUGCUACCCGGAGGAGAAUUACUUCCCAACGCUGCUCGACAUGGCCGACCCCGCCGGUGUCGCGCGCUACACGCUCACCCGCGUCAACUGGACCGGCAGCGUCGCAGGCCACCCGUGCACGUACACCGCGCCGGAGGUCACGCCGCGGCUCAUCGCCGAGCUCCGCGCAUCCAACAACACCCUCCCGCACAUGUUCGUGCGAAAGUUCGCGCCCGACUGCCUCGGCCCGCUCCUCGCCAUCGCCGACACCGUCAUCUUCAAGGACUGAUGGAGGCGCUGCUCUGCACGACCGAGGGAUCGUGCCGGGCCCGUCGACAACGAAAGCUGUGGCCUUCCUCUUUGGCCUUUGCAGUUUGCAUCUUCCGAGUUCUUCAGAGUCCACACUGAGAUUAUUCCCCACGUCUGUUGAGAAGAAAGAAAAGUGUUCAGUUCCUGUCCUCCUCCUCCUCCUCCUCCCUGUACUAGUAGUUGCAGGCGUUGCACUUGCAGGAUCAUCAGACGAUGACUAUCCAUCCAUCCAUCUGAUGUGUGUACCCUGCAGCAGCCAAAGAAGGCUGCCUGAAUGCAUAAAAAGGUGAUGGAUUUGCCUACAUAUAUAAUAUACUCCCUCCUGUACAGCUUGUUACUCGUGGACUCUGCUUUUGUGUAAGUAACUGUGUGUGCAUAAGUAAGGUUGCUUGCAAAUUUCAAUCAGAUUGGGGUCGACUGCACUUUGCAGUGGCCGGAGAAAA